AUGGUGGUCAUCAACGUCUCCUCGCCCAGACAGGCUUCCGAAACUAAGCAAUUGAGGCUGCUAGCGCUGCAUGGGCACGGCGGCAGACACCGCCAGUUCUGUGAAUCGAUAGAAGAGUUCUUGCAAAGCAUACUGGCCAGCCACAUGCAAGAGCCAAGCUUGGCCAUUGAGUGCCGAUGCAUUGCCGCACCAUAUCCGGAACGGCGUGAAAGACACAUGUGGUGGAGGUACGAUGAGGGUGGCAGCGGCGACCGACCGGUAGACUGGGCCGAAAUGGAGAAGUCGCUCACAAAGAUCGCAGAAGAGCUUGAGGGCGCAUGCCCUGCCUAUGAUGGCGUCCUGGGAUUUUCGCAGGGUGCGGAGAUGGUGCACUCGAUCGCUUUGCUGCAUCACCGGGGUGAUCCUCGAUUUCUUGGGGCGUUCAUGCCGCGUUUCGUGGUGAGCUUCAGUGGCGCCGUGAAUCCGGGCCACUUUGAGUCUGUAGGUGGCAUGUUUUUGCCACGCGACUUCCCUGCACCCUACCUGGGCCCACAGGGCACAGUGGAUAUGCCGUGCUUGUUCAUAGGGGACUAUGCCACGGAUGGGUGGUACUCAUCUUCGCGUUUUGAGAGCACUACCCGCCUCUACUCCCAAGCAUGUGUACUUCGGCAUGAUCAGAGGCAUCGUUUGCCAAAGCUGUCUGACACAAGUGCUGCACAAGAGGUGCGGCGCUUCCUGGCUCGAUUUGCGAGACAAAGAUAG